AUGAAUGAAUUCCAGGUUUCAAUAUUAUCUGUGGUGCUAAUUGGUGCCACUACAGGUGUAUUUGGUGACCUCUUGGGACAAGAACUCCAAAGCAUUGACCAUGUUCGUGCGAAAAGGCAACUUCAAAACUACGCUCAAAAUUACGCUCAACUGAACCACGGACCGUCUAAUAUACAGCAACUGUUGCACGCUCAAAAUUCACGUGCUCCUCUGGUGAAUAUUCCACCACAACCAAUUCCGAAGCUAGGACCGUCCCAGCCCAUCAGGCCCCAGACCAUACCUCAGUCGCAGGUCUCUCAGUACCAACCGCAAGUUACUGUCGGGAAUGCACCCCAGCAGCCGAUUUACAAAAAGCCAAUCCUCCCUCAGCAACCGCAAUACCGUCCCCACCCUGCUAAUUACGCUCAGCGGCCAGCACAACCGAACUACAAUGUGCCGCAGCAGCCGCAAUACUCUUCUAAGUUGCCGCCUCAUAUUCAACAAUUGUUGCAGUUCCAAAGAAGCUUGGGCGAAGGCACCCCUAACAGAGUGUAG